AUGGGGAAAGAAUUGGUGUCCCUUUUUCCAGAUCAGAAACUAACCAAUGGACCUAGAUUUGAUAAUAUUUGUCGGGAUCGAGAACCAAUUGGACUUAGAUUCGAGAAUACCUUUCCAGAUCACAAUUUGGGUGGAACUUCAUUUCUUCCAUAUGUUCCACCGUUGAACAAUACCGUUCCGAGUUCUCGUGUAGACCGUAAUUUCUCAGAUGCGGGAAGUAACUCUUUUGAUUAUUCUGACUUUGGGUGGGGAGACUAUUGCUCCAAGGCUCCAGAAAUAUCAUCCGUUCUCACAGCCACAGUAGAAGUUGAUGAAGCUCAACUGGUGGAGGAUGCUAAUCCUACAAAGAAAUUGGAGUCCAACUCUGUGGACUUGGUGUCUGGUAAAGAAAGCACUGUGAAUAGUCUGUCUGAAGAGCUCUCUGCAUUUGAGUCCCAGAUGAAGUUCUUCGAGAUCCCUGAUCUUGAAGGGAACUGGGAUGCUUCACUGGACACUUUCCUCAAUGACAGCACAACACAGGAUGGUGGGAAUCCGGUGGAUCUUUGGAUGUUUGGUGACUUUCCUCCCGUGUUGGGGGGAUUUUUCUGA